GAAAGAAUAAGCAUGCAAAUGAGAGAAGUUCAGGCAAAAGCUGAAUUCGAGAGAGAAGUACCAACAGAACUUGGAGCAAGCAGUAGGAGAUCUGUAACUGCAAAUCCCCUUCGAUCUCUUCAAUCGAUUCCUCAAGCAGUAGGAGCUUGGGUUUGCGAUGAACCCAGCUCAUGGGUUCACGAUGGCGAACCCAGGCUCGUGGGUUGGUCGUGAACCCAGCUCGUGGGUUCACGAUGGCGAAACCUAGGCUCGUGGGUUCACGAUGGCGAAACCCAGGCUCGUGGGUUCACGAUGGCCAAACCCAGGCUCGUGGGUUCACGAUGGCGAACCCAGGCUCGUGGGUUCACGAUGGCGAACCCAGGCUCGUGGGUUCACGAUGGCGAAACCCAAGCUCGUCGAUUCACGAUGGCGAAACCCAGGCUCAUGGGUUCGUCGUGAACCCAGCUUGUGGGUUCGUCGUGAACCCAGCUUGUGGGUUCCUCGUGAACCCGUGAGCUGGGUUCCUCUCGAACCCGCGAGUUGGGUUCGUCGAGAACCUCUUAAGCUGGGUUCGUCGUGAACCUCUCAAGCUAGGUACCUCGCGAACCUCUCGAGCUACAUUCCUCGCGCCUCUUGGGUUUGCCCGGAGGUAAAAGAAAAAAAAAAGGCUGGAGAAAGGAAAAGCCGGGGAAGAAGAUGAGGGUAUAUCAGUAAUUAAAGGUAAAAAAUUUAA